GGGUCUGAACUGCGGUUGCACAUGAACUCAACCCGUAGUUGUUCAGACUUAACCUUUUUUUUUUUUUCUUCACCUGGUCAUUUCACCUUCUGUUGGCGUGAUUCUGUGGGUGCCGGAAGCACAUCGACGCCCAGGUUUGGACGUACCUCAUUCUUCUAGUUUCAGAUUGAGUUCACUGUAGUCAUGCAGGCACACGAGCUGUUGAAGCAGCUGCGAAUCCCUGAGCUGUCCGAGGUGAGGGACUAUUUCCACAGUCUCUCCACAAACACCCUCCUCGGCAUGGGUGCAUUCACCGCCGUCACGGCGUACUGGUUUGCCACCAGACCCAAAGCCCUCAAAGCACCCUGUGACCUGCGCAUGCAGUCAGUAGAGCUGCCGGGUGGAGAAUUUGCUCGUCGAGCGGCUGUUUUAAACGGAGGACCGCUCUUGAGCCAUUUCUACGAGGACGCCAUGACCCUAUACGAGUGGUUUCAAAGGGGUCUCAGGGAGUCAAAAAAUGGUCCCUGUCUUGGAUCAAGAAAACCAAAGCAGCCGUAUGAAUGGCUUUCGUACUCAGAGGUGAUUGAGCGAGCAGAGAAUUUGGGAUCAGCAUUUUUGAACAAAGGACACUCUAAGGAUGGAGAUCCCUACAUCGGCAUCUUCUCUCAGAACAGACCAGAGUGGACGAUUUCAGAGCUGGCCUGCUACACUUACUCUCUGAUAUCAGUUCCUCUGUAUGACACCUUGGGCACAGAAGCCAUAAGCUACAUCCUCGAAAAAACCUGUAUUUCUACAGUUGUAUGUGACGUACCUGAGAAAGUCAAGCUGCUGUUGGACUGUGUUUCGGGCCGACAGCACUCAGUCAAAACCCUGAUCCUCAUUGAAAACUUUGACACUGAUUUGGUCAGCAGAGCACAGCAGUGUGGCAUCGACAUCAUCAGUCUGAGAGACGCAGAGAAUAUCGGCAAGGCUCAUCGACAGAAUCCUUUGCCCCCACAGCCUGAUGACUUGGCUAUUAUUUGUUUUACGAGUGGAACCACUGGAAACCCUAAAGGAGCGAUGCUCACCCACGGAAACAUAGUGUCUAAUGUUUCUGCCUUCAUCAAUGUCACAAAGCCCACUUGCCCCAUCAGUCCUCGGGACACACACAUCUCUUACCUGCCCCUGGCACACAUGUUUGAGAGAGUCGUACAGGGUGUGAUGCUGAUGCACGGCGGACGUAUCGGAUACUUCCAGGGUGACAUCCGAGUUCUGAUGGAUGACCUCACGACCCUGAAGCCCACCGUGUUCCCUGUGGUUCCUCGUCUGCUGAACCGCAUGUUUGACAAGAUCUACGGACAGGCCAACAGUUCCCUGAAGAGACGCAUCCUGGAGUUUGCGUUCAGGAGGAAAGAGAAGGAGAUGAAGAGCGGCAUCAUGAGGAGAGACAGUGUGUGGGACAAGAUCAUCUUCAAGAAAGUCCAGGCCAGUGUUGGAGGACAGGUUCGGAUGAUGAUAACUGGAGCGGCUCCCAUUUCAGCUCCUGUUCUCACCUUCCUGCGAGCUGCGCUGGGCUGCAAUUUUUAUGAAGGAUACGGUCAGACUGAAUGCACUGCAGGGAGCACAGUUACACUACCAGGAGACUGGACUGCGGGUCAUGUUGGACCUCCUCUGUCCUGUAAUGACAUCAAACUAGUGGAUGUGGCAGAGAUGAACUAUUAUGCCACUAAAGGCGAGGGAGAGGUGUGUGUGAGGGGUCCUAAUGUUUUUAAGGGGUAUCUGAAAGACCCUGAGAAGACGAAGGAGGCUCUUGAUGAAGACGGUUGGGUUCACACUGGAGACAUUGGCAGGUGGCUGCCGAAUGGCACUCUAAAGAUUGUGGAUCGUAAGAAGCACAUUUUUAAGCUGGCUCAGGGUGAAUACAUCGCUCCAGAGAAGAUCGAGAACAUUUACAUCAGGAGCGAAGCUGUGGCGCAGGCUUUCGUUCAUGGAGACAGUCUGCAGGCCUGUCUGGUAGCCGUCAUUGUGCCUGAUCCAGACUUUCUGCCCGGCUGGGCCAAGAAGAGAGGCAUAGAGGGCUCGUAUGAAGAACUGUGCAAAAAUAAGGAGGUGAAGAAAGCCAUUCUGGAAGAUAUUGUCAAAUUGGGUAAAGAAAGUGGCCUGAAGUCUUUUGAACAGGUGAAGGACAUUGCUCUCCACACAGAGAUGUUCUCCAUCCAGAACGGCCUCCUGACGCCCACCCUGAAAGCCAAACGCGCUGACCUCAGGGACUGCUUCAGGAAACUGAUCGAUGAGCUUUACUCCAACAUCAAAAUGUAAAGCAGAGGACGUGUAACAGAGCUGAUCUGGGUCCCAUGACUGAAAAGACCUAGUUCAAAACAAGAGGCCUGAGAGCGCUUGUGGUCAACUGAUGUAGCAUCAGUUUCAUAUGCCUUUCAGAGUUUGAUUAUAAACCCUAGAUCAGCUGUGUUUCUCGACUCGACUUCAGCUUUAAACAUCCUGCCUCAGGAAAACGUCCCUACAUUGACACCAUCAUUUUUGCCUUUGACUAUUUUGGGAGAAAGGGAAGAUAAAUCCAUGUGCAAAAACAACCUAAUGCUGUUAUUGAGGACAAAAUAAUAUUCCUCUUUUAUUUAAGUGCAUUUUUUUCUAAUGAGAUGAUGCAGAUAAGCCAAACAUGCUAUUGUGCAUGUAAAAUGUACUCAUCCUCAUUUCAAGAUGAAGGUGAAAUGUAGCAUUACAUGACUUGCUCACCAAUGGAUCCUCUGCAGUGAAUGGGUGCCGUCAGAAUGAGCGUCCAAACAGCUGAUAAACACAUCACAAUAAUCCACACAGGGUUCCCACGGUUCUUGAAAGUACUCGGAUAUCAGAGACAUUAAUUCAAGGCCUGGAAGGUACUUGAAAACAAAUAAAGUUCCCUGAAAGUACUUGAAAUAAAUCUGAAAUGAAAUUAUUUAGUAGAAUGGUGCUAUUUCAAAAAUCUUCCUAUAUGUGCUGUCAAAGGCUAAACGAAACCGUGCUAAUGAUCAAGGUGGAGAUGUUGAUUUAAUACAACAGUUAAUUAAACAAGAAGUUAAUAUUAACACUUUUUUCGAUUCUCUGUAUGUAUGUACUGUACAUGUGGAAGAAUUGACAAUAAAGCAGACUUGAUAUUAAGUGAUAUUGCAUUAUCUUAACACUAUUGCCUAAUUUUGCUGUAUUCAACAAAAAUAGUGACAAAAUAAACAAAGUAACAGCUGACCUGCUGCGCAUCUCCAUUCAAGCAGCAUUUAUGUAUGAAUGGGCGUUUUUAAACGAAUCUGAAUCAAUGAUCUCUUCAUAAAGACAGACGGUGGCUCCUUUCCUGAACGAAUCAACUCUUCAAACGAAUCAAUUGAAUGAAAGAUUCAGGGAUAAAAUCAGGGACUUGGCGCCACCUACUGGCAGUUUUACUUUCAUUUAAUCUUUUCUGUUAUUUAAAUCAUUUCAUAUUUAUAUAUACAAAAUGUUAUAUUUAAAACAUUAACCUCAACAUGAAGUUCUGAAUUAAAUUGCACUCAUGUGACCGCUGAGCCUCAUUAAACCCUGGCGAUACACCUACAAGCCACUUUUUCUCUAGUACAAAUUAUGUUUUAAAACUGAUUUCAUUUGAUUGUUAACUUUUAUUAAUAUUCUAGUUGUUUUAAUUAGAAUUUUUUAAAUAGCUUAUAGAUAUAUAUUUUUGAAUUUGAAUAAAGAUUACAUACUUAAUAAAGUGAGAAAAAUGCCAUUACUAAGGUAUUGGUACAUCACUUUAAGGAGUCAAAUAUCAUCUCGUAAUGGGAAGGCUAAUAUUUUAUCAGAGUAUUAUUAUUAUAGUAUUAUUUUUUAAUUAGGUGCAUAAGUUUGCAAGUGUAGUUCCCUGUUUAACCAUUGUUUAUUAAUUAAAAAAUGAGGAAAAUAUUUAUAAUUUAAAUCUUUUACAAGAAUUACAGCAAAAACCAGUUUUUUGAAUAUUUGAGAAAUUCAGAAUUCCUUUGAACACGACUGCUCAAAAUGGUCGAAAUUUAUGAAACCUACACAUUCAAAACCUCAUUACUCUGAAAUGUUUCAUGUAAAUGUUAAGUGUAAGUGAAAUGUUAGUACUGUAAGAGGUCUUUCAUGAUGCUACAUCAUUAUCGGCUGUUUGGGCGCUCAUUCUGACGGCACCCAUUCACUGCAGAGGAUCCAAGUCAAUGCAUUACGCCAUAUCAGUUCUAAUGAAGAAACACUCAUCUAAUCUUGGAUGGCUUAUGUACAUUUUAAGAAAACUUUAAUACAGCAAACCUUAAUUUUUAAGUUUGUGGCCUUUCUCGGAUGUUUUUUAAACUGCUUCAUUGGCAGUAGCUACAUUGAGUAUAUGUGUGUUUGAGAAAUAUCAUGUACAGUCUCAGGGGAAAAUGUGCCUUAUUAAUGGACAUCAGCUGCAUUGAGUGUUGUUGAUGAGAGGGGGAAAUGCACACAUGCAAAAAAAAUAAAAGCUAAUAAUUUUGUACUGUACCUCACGAUCAACAUGAAGGGCGAAGCACACACUCCACACUAGAUGGAGAGUGGGAAAUAUUUCAUCAUUUUGUCUUCCAUAAGAUAUUUUAAUGUUCUGAAGCCUUUGACUCUUUAUUAACACGACGUACAUUAAAAAAAAAAAAAAAAUGAAAGUGUGGUAUUUUAGGAAAGCAACUUUUAUUGGAACUUUAUUCAAGAAACACUAGCAAAGCAAAUUUUUGUUUAGCUAAAUGUUCUAUUUAAUUCUAUAUAUUUGUAUAGAACUCAUUCAAACGCAGCUUUACGAAGAAUAGUGCCUUACAAAACGUGUGGAAAUGGUUCAUAAAUCCGUUUUUAUGCAUGAUCUACUCCAAUAAGUUUAGCUUGUUUCUCAUGAAUAAGGUCCGUUGAGUUUAAACGCAGCCUGUGUGAUCACGAUAUGUUCCUAUAUAAGCUAUAUGCUGUCUAUAUGAUGCUUCCCUCAUCUUUAAUGUUGACUUUAAGACAGCUUGCGUUCUCCUCUAAUCUGCUUGUGAUGUGUGUGUGAAGGCUUUGAAUGGCAGAUGUUUUCAGGUGUAAUAUUAUGGAUGUCUCAUAUCAUUAUGCUGUAACAUCAUUGCAGAAUACAGGAGCUUUCCACAUGUGUCCUUCUGUUUGAUUGAGGGCUGCUGCUUCAUGUUCACAGUAACUGUGUGCUUAUUAUGCACAGGUUGUUUUUAUUGUUGGUUUUAUUCAAGCUGUAUCUUUGUGUGUGUAAUGACCUGUGGAUAAGCCAAAGCAACUGUGGUGUGUGUGACAAACUAAAGUGCACUCUUAUAAUGACUCAGAUGUACUAAAAUACGUUAUCAUGACUAUAUACAUUUUCCAUGUAAGAGAUAUAAGAGAAAUAAAUAUGAUUUAUGGAUGUUCAA